AUCUUUAUUUAUAAUACUCAUUUCUUAGUCGUCGCCAAUGCAGGACGCGAAACAGUGUGAUUAAAAAUAUUAUAUAUUUUUUAAUUGUGUGAAUAUUGUGAAAAUGGAUAAGAAAAUACUGCUUGUUGUACUGGCUGCGACAAUUACGGUUUGUCAAGGUCAAGAUGUAUCGAAUUAUGAUAUAAGCAGAAACCGUCUAGGUGCCGGUUUUGGAUUAAGCGAAAUAUGGGACUAUUUGUUAGGCGGCAACUACGGCUACCCAGGACACUAUCCAGGCAACAACUACCCACAAGGACCUGGAUAUCCGGGCGGGGCUGGGUACCCGGGAUCCCACUAUCCUGGACCAGCAGGGCCGCCGGGAGCACAUCCGGGAUGCCCGCUCUGCGACUCCUCUGUCUACAGCUAUUGCUCGUACAAGCAGGCUCACGAUAGCUGCUGCUGCGAAAGUCCUGGCUACCAACCAUUCCACUGCCGCAAGAGUGACUGCAGAUCGCUGUACGCGAACUCCUGCGAUGAAUACCACCUGAUUACCAACUGCUGCUGCGUGGACGUGCAGAAGUCCGCCGUGGCGGCCGCAGUGGUGCCACCUAUUGUGGCUCCCGUUGUAAUAGCCUAAUCUAUUAUAGUUUAGGUUAUGCAUGUUGUACGCAUGGCAACACUACUUAUGGCUUAAAAGAUUACGCAGUAAAUUAUUUAAAUUUAGAAGUGUUUCGAAACCGUUAUUUUAAAAUUAAUUUAAAAUACGCUAUUCAACGUAAGGACAUAAAACAAUACAAUAUAUUUUCGUCAGCUUCUUGUAAUUGUGACAAUGUGUGGUUUUUUGUCUUGUUAGUGUUGCCGUCUGUACACUGGAAUGUGUAAUAAUUUGUAAUCACUUUAUCUUCUGACAAGCUUUAUAAUUGGAGUUAUCGGACCUGGUAACUCGAUAUAAGUGUAAUAAUAGUGUAAAACCUUGUUAGAUCAGUAUUCGUACUUAAAAAUUAAAUGUAUUGGUUAAAUUAAACAUAAAUUAAUAUGUA